CUGCACCUGCUCCAUCACUCUCAAUCCACAGACACUGUGGUACAACGCAAUGUCCAACAGCAGCUCGAUAUGCUCAAUGGUCAUCAAUCAUUCUGCUGUUAUCUUGUACAUAUACUCAGUGGAAUGAAAGAAGAACAGGAAGCAAGUCGAUCACUCGCUGGCUUGAUAUUGAAAAAUAAUGUACGGUCUCAAUGGGCAAAAUAUCCUGAUGAUGUUCGGGAGUUUGUAAAAACAAAUACAUUAGCGAGCAUAGCUGAUCCAAGUGCCUUGAUUCGCGCAACUGUUGGGAUUAUAAUUACUACAAUAGUUGUUGAAGAAAGUGGAGUAGGUCAUUGGCCAACUUUGUUGCCAUACUUGGGGCAUCUUUUAGAUCAACCGGACCCAAACAUGCAAGAGGGUGCUAUGGGUGCAAUACAAAAGAUCUUUGAAGAUUCCGGAGAUCGUUUAGACACCGAACAGCACGUACAUCCGCUGAUGCCAAAAAUCUUGUCUUUUUUUAGUUCUGAAAGCGCCAAAAUGAGGGGUUUAUCUAUGAAUUCCGUCAACAGUAUUCUUAUGAUAAACAACGAUCCUAUCAGCGCAGUAAUUGACGAGUUCUUGCAGCAGCUAUUCGGCCGGGCGCACGAUCAAGACCCAGAAGUUCAAAAACAGUUAUGUCGGUCUCUUACAUUAUUACUGGACAGCCAUUUUGAAAAAUUGGCUCCACAUCUUCCCAAUGUUAUCGAUUACAUUAUCAUGAAGACUCAGAAAUUGUAA